AUGGUUGAGGAAGUUCAGGAUGUUGUUCGUAAGGACAAGGAAGAGCUCAAUCCUAUUAGGAUUGUUCAUUUAGGGGUUUUUGUUUGGAUGAAUAAUUUUAAGAUUCUUGAUUUGGGAUUUACGAGAAAGGGAGAGGUGAAGAACGGAAAUGUCCUCAGCCACAUGGUUAAGAUGCUUGACCAUCUCUUCAAAGCAAGACUUCAAAGGAUUAGAAGAGCGGUGAAUGCACUCAGUUAA